CAAGAAUGCAAAUUUAAUUUUGAAAUAGCCUUUCCCGUGCCCGUCAUAUCAUUCGGUUCGGCGCGUCGCUUUCGUGUUCCAUAGUCGAUGCUGCUGAGGACACCCGGAACGGAACCGCUUCGGCUAUAUCUGCAUCUUUUCUCGCGACCAUCCCGAGGUCACUUUUCAACACACCUGCAACAUCAUCUUUAUUCCAAUUUUCCUAGGCGCAAAUGGUUUCAGGCGGCGAUGACAAGAAUACACCUGCGGUAGUCUCUCUGGCCGCCGGCGGCAUAGCUGGCGGUGUGGAAGGCUUUCUUUCGUAUCCCCUGGAGUUUGCGAAAACGCGAGUGCAAUUGAGAGCUGAGAAAGGCGUGCCGACACCACGAAAUCCCUUCCUAAUCAUAACCCAAAUCUAUCAGAAUGAGGGCAUCAAAGCGCUAUACAAAGGCUGCGGAGCGCUGGUCUUCGGAUCAGUGGGCAAAGAUGCCGUCCGUUUUCUGUUCUUCGAUCAGAUCAAGUCGUCCUUUGCAGACCCGGAGACGGGCACGCUCUCCCCUCUGCGCAAUUUGUUGGCCGGCAUGACUGCGGGAGUAGUCGCGUCGAUCACCGCAGUUACGCCCACAGAACGCAUCAAGACUGCCCUCAUCGACGAUGCUAGGAACGAGAAGCGCUUUCGGUCCGGUUUCCACGCUACCACCACCAUCUGGAAGGAACACGGUAUCCUCGGUUUAUACCGCGGUUUCGCAGGCACCACCCUGAAACAAGCAUCAGCAACAGCGUUCAGAAUGGGAACCUACAAUAUCCUCAAGGAUUACGAAAAGACCAAGAAUAUCGAACAGAAUACAUUGGUCAACUUCGCGAACGGAUCGGUAGCAGGCGUUGUGACAACGCUUUCUACGCAGCCUUUUGACGUUAUCAAGACGCGAUCACAGAGUGCGAAAGGGACAAGUACCGCCGAGGCCGUAAAGAGUGUUUUGUUGGAUUAUGGUAUCAAGGGUUUCUGGAAAGGCACGACGAUGAGGUUGGGUCGCACAGUGUUUAGUGGAGGUAUUCUAUUCACGAGCUACGAGGCUGCUGUGAAGAUCAUUAUGCCGUUAUAUCCUGGCACAAAGCAGGCCGAAGCAUUUUAGACGCAAAAACAUCUAAGAUAUUGCAUUGUUCCU